AUGGUGCAGACCACAGUCCUGCCAGUAUCCACAGUGUUCCUCACAGUCCUCAUUACUAUAGCCGCUGCACGUGCAUCGAGACCUGAAGUCGGCUCAUCCAUGAAUAUAAUCGAAGGAUUUGCAACGAGCUCCACAGCUAUAGUCAAUCUCUUCCUUUGCUCGGUCGAUAAUCCUGUGACUCCUGAUUCUCGCGAAAGUCUCUUGAUUUUUGGGAAAACCGGAUAUUCGGAUAUCGCCCUCGAUAUAGCCUCCGGUUUUUCUUCCCGCCAAAACGUCCAUCAGUGUGGUUUUGCCGGCCCCACUCACUCCCAUCAAUGCCGUUAG